CCACGACCCAAUCCAGUCGUCAGAUGAGGCUGUGACUUGCAGAGGAAGCAACGUCGCGUGUCAUGAGAAAGGACGACUCUUCUCAUCAUCCCCCAUCUCGUCUCAUUCUGACUCUUCUCGAUAAGCCCAGCAACACAGACACACCACUCCACUCGGCACUCGCAACAAGUCAGAACACAGCUCACUCUCUCUGAAAAUGUUGACCGACAUCUAAAAAGAGCAAGAACUUGAUUGGGAAACUUUUUGAGACGAUAUCCAGUCCACCCUGUCACCAUCAUCGACCUCCUGGGGUCACCUGUGACUCUGACUCGGACCGACUUAUUUUACCACUUUUGACUCUGUAAUUAUUUUACAUUGACGUUCUUCACCCGCAUUCGAAUUGAAUUGACUGACCGAGUUUCUCAGAACGACCUGGUGACACUGGACAGCUCGCACGAUGGGUGACAUGGACACAGAUCCGGAAUGGGUUCUCACAGCAGGAGAACUCAAUCGAAGCACUUUCUCCAACUGGACAAGCACCAUCACACCCGGCUUUGGAGAUCUGGACUUCAAUUGCACGGAAAUUAAUGACCCCAACGUCAUUUGUUGGAAAAAUCCAGAGGAAAUGUUGAACCCGGCCAAGAGAAAUCCGAUAUUCUAUCACAUUGUCAUCACUCACGCGGUCACCUUCAUCGUAGGGAUCGUGGGCAAUCUCAUCGUCGUGUUUGUCAUGAUUGGGGACGGAAAGAGCAGAAAUGCAACGAACCUCUUUCUAGUCAGUUUGGCCGUGGCGGACUUGCUUCUCCUCUUGCUUUGCGUACCGUUGGAAAUGCUGCAGUACUUUCUCCAGUUUGAUGGGAAUGGAUUCAUUUGCAAAACGACGAAAUACGUCCUCCUGCUUUCUGCAUCGGCAUCUGUGCUGAAUUUAUGCGCUGUUAGUUUGGAGAGGUUCAUCGUGAUUGUAUUUCCUAUGCGAUCUCGUUCCCUCUGUACUCUGAGUAAUUGCAGAAAAGCGAUCCUUUUCGUCUGGCUUUCUGCCACGAUCCUUUCCAUGCCCGUGAUGCUGAUCAAGGAUGGCUACAGCAUGGUCUACACCAACAACAUCAUCUCGGUGAAGGUCUACUAUUGUGAAAAUGCGGAUGAAAAUCUUGUCUUUGCGAUCUAUCAGUUCGUGAUCCUCUUCGUGGCACCUGGACUCGUCAUGAUGGUCUGUUACGUUUAUGUCAUUCGGGAACUGUGGAGGAGCACUCGGAACAUAAAUAUCCUGACGAAUUCGAGAAGCAUGGCGGACCGUCGACCAACCACAAAACGGACAUCUGAAGAGCGAGAAGAACAAUCCACUUGCGGCAGUACUUCCCGUUUCUUGCGGGAUAAACGACCCGGACCGAAAGCGGCGGAUUCUGAAUAUAAGAACACAAAAUAUCUUGGAUCUGAAAAACCUACAGCCACCCUGGCACAUGGCGCAGCACGACGUUCCGCAAACCAUAUGCGAGCCAACCGAGGAGACGAUGUUAAGAAAGCCCGUAAACAAGUCAUCAAGAUGCUAAUCUUAGUAAUUCUCCUGUUUCUGCUGUGCUGGGGACCGAAACUGAUAUUAACAAUCACUCUGAAACUCGCAGAAACCUUUGGGCUUGAGGUGUACACUCAACAAAUGUACAACACAAGGGUCAUAUUCAGCUUAAUACCAUUUAUCCACUCGAGCUUCAAUCCACUCAUUUAUUCCUUCAUGUCGAAGAACUUUCGUCGGUCAAUGAGUCGGCAGUUGGCCAGGUUGAGCGCUCUGUGUGGCUGCAGCUGCUUCAAAGCCGUUCCCCUCAAUCCCAGAAAUGAUAUCCCACUGAGGUCAGCCAUCAACCGGGCACGCAGCAAGCAACCAUACCGACCGGACUCUACUUUCUCCAGCAACUACUACUCGGAGGCUGUGAGCACUCGAAAUACGGAAGUGCACGGGAUUUCCACCAUUUAAUCUUUGUCCUCGUGGCUGAAGGACGAGGAAUGAAUCAAUCUUGUCCAGAUUAUCCAAUGCCAACACCGCAUAGGCAAACAAUCAGUGAUGAUGGAACGAUUCCAUUAUUACACAACUUUCAAUGCAUCCCAAUUUAGAGAAGAAUCUUAGCCGUGUUUCUGAUCCUGAUUUAUUGCAGUAGUUUCAUUUCAAUGUGCAUGCAUUUCCAAAAGCUGACUAAAAAUAUCAUGUCACCCAGAUUAAGUAGUUCGUGCACCUUUUCACCUAUGUAUGAAUAUGGCGACGAUGUAGGACUUUUUCACUCAAGAAGUUGUUGGUCUUUCUCAUGUAUGUAGCUCAUUCCGUACUUGUCGUCGCGUUUCUCUAGUAAUCUUCCGUGAAUUGUUGUUCCCUCAUAAGUAAUUCCUGAUGUUGCUGAUUUCGAUCCGGUUUGCAGAUUCUUGUAGCCUUUUCAUUCAUUGUUGUGAUGCAAACUGUAGAUCGUGUCAAUUAUAUGUAGAGUCACUCAAAUGUUGUACGUAUGUAUGAAUUCCUCUCUGGAUAUGAUCUGCGUGUCUGGCAUAAGUUAUCUCAUGUGUACCGUGAAUAAGUAUAAGGAUUCAUUCAUUGUUAGUCUAGCAACGUAACUCAUGAUCGUCGUGAUACAUUACUUAUAAAUAAAUAUUAUAUCGUUCUCCGUUCGUUGGUGCAUCAAGUACAAGUGAAAAUGAUGCCACCAUUUUUGACUCUCUUUUCAAGUGUGAUUCUAAUUUGCAUAUUAUAUAUGUUUCAUACCAAGAUGAAGAUAAUGCAGAUUUUUAUGGAAGUGGAUGAUGGGAUGGAACAUGAGGCUGGGAAAAAGGCUGCACAGUGGUUCUGCCAUUGUUGAAUCAAAUACAUACAAAAUUAAAUUUCAAAAACCUCUACAUGGAUUUUGAAAUGUUUAUUUUAAUACAAAAUUUCAUCAACAAUUCUACAGUCUAUGGAGUUCUACCUUUAUUUUUGUCCCUAGAAAAAAAAUUCUAGUUUUAGUAAAAUGAUAAAUGUUAAUUGUUACAUGUACGUAUUUAUAUAUAUAUAUUUAAUGUAUGUAGAAGAUGUAUCAGAAUUGCAUGUUAUUGACUACACGGUAAUUAUAUUUAAAUGUGUGUUACAUAUUUUCAAAUUAUAACGAUGUCCGAGGUGGUGCAAAAAUUAGAUUUAUGUAUGUACCAAGCUUGUCGGCAAGCUCAUGAUGAUCGGCAUAAUGGAAAACAAACAAAUAUUUGUGUGU